GAUGCUGCUAGGAUCUGGCUGGUGAACCAGCUUGGUGCCACCUUCUUUGCCAGCAAGAGUGGGGGUUACCACACUACUGUCUACUGGAUCGGGAUGCUGGAGGACCUCGGUCGCGUGUCGGAGUACGCGUGGGGUGCGAUUGCGCUGGCAUCGUUGUACGAACAGCUUAGUCGUGCGUCCCGCAGGAAGACAGCCCAGAUCGGAGGGUUCACCUCCCUCUUGCUGUCAUGGGCGUAUGAGUACAUAUCCAGCAGCGUCAUUAUCAGGACGGAGGUACCCGGCUACACACAGGACCAGCCUAGGGCGCAGCGGUGGUCCACGUCCCGGAUCGUGCAUUCCGGACUCGAUGAGAGACGAGUCAUGCUGGAUGAGCUUACAUCGGAUGAUAUCACAUGGACCCCAUUUGAGGACCAUCGGGCUGUUCGACCGCGGGAUCCCAGGGCCCUCUAUUCCUGCUACAUCAGGACACCUUACGGCCGGUCUGUGAGCCGACAUCUACCGGAGAGGGUUAUGCGCCAGUUUUGCUACAUACAGGACAUCCCUCAACACCCCUCUGAGAUCCAGACGACGGGGUCCCUUGCUGAGACCGCAGAUGCUGCCUAUGCUGAGUUUGAGCCGCACCUCCGCCCUCAGGGAUCCCUGCUACAUAUCCGGGAGAGGCGGUGGAGGGUUACAUGAGGUGGUAUAGCAGAGUGUCCCAUGUGUUCAUCAUCCUUGAGGAUAGGAGGGAGGAGCUUAGUGCUGUGUCUGCUAUACGUAGGGGUGUGGAGUUGUUGGAGCAGUCACUGGAGGUGUUAGGUGCUCUUGCUCACAGCCCCGAAUCCUCACUGAGAGGGCGCUCGAACUCUUUCGACGGAGUUCCUUCGUUGGUACCCAAGGAGUUGCCUUUUCUGCUAUUCGAGGAGCCGCAACUGCGGGAGGCAGAGCUCGUGGAGGUAGAGCUCGUGGAGGCAGACCCCGUGGAGGCGGAGCCCGUGGAGGCAGAGCUCGUGGAGAGGGUGAUCCUGGAGAGGGUGUUCGUGGAGGUAGAGCUCGUGGACCCAGAGGUCGUAGGGGGCGGGGUCGGGGAUAGUGAUUUUAUUACUCUUGUUAUGUGGGAUCCAUUGUUAUGUAUAUGUUAG